AUGUGUGACACGGCGCUACACGUUGCCGUCCGUGAGGAGAAUGAGGCGUCUGCGCUGGCUGUGUUGGCGUCAGGUGGAGAUCUCAUGCGGAUGAAUAACGAAGGGCUACGGUCACUGGACUGCACUGCGUCCACCAGGUUAUUGUUCGAGUUGAAGCGAGCUGCCGGUCAACGAGACGUCAUGAUUAGCUACACACACUCGCACUUGGCGUUUGCUCGAAAGCUGCGUCAGUCUCUGGAGGAAGCGAACGUGACAACGUGGUUAGAUCUGAUGGACCCCAGCGGCAUUGGUGGCGGAGCUGUGUGGCGUGAGGAGAUCGCUCGAGGGAUCACCAACGCGUCGGUAGUGUUGUGUAUCUUGACUGAAGACUACGCGUCGUCCGAGUGGUGUCUGAAGGAGCUGGCACAGGCGAAACAGGUGGGGACUCCCAUCUUGGCUGUCUCGACUGAAGGCGCCAUCGUCGAUGAGAACUUGCAAGUGUACUUGUACACGCGACAGAUCGUCCCAUUCGAGCCUGCUAUCGUGGGUCUCCGUCGCGAUGGAGGCAGGAUCGAGUACGACUACGAUGAAACCAGAUAUCGAUCUCAGUUCCGCUUGCUUUUGGACUGCGUGCGUGACGAAGUUGAAAAGCACCGCUUCGUUACCAAGCAGAAUAAUUUGUCUCGUAGUCGCCGUCUGGCCCAGGAUUUGGACGGAGAGCGCAGCAACCGAGGCACGAUGCUACAGACAUUGAGUGACAUGGAGCUCUCCACCGCUUCACGGGAUCCCAGCCGAACUAACGUCACCAAUCCAGACGACAUGAACGAGGGUCAAUUCAUCUUCCUCUCGCAUGGCGACAAGCACGAGACGUUCGUACAGCAGUUCACAGCACAGCUCCUGGAAGCCGGAAUUCCUUGUUACAGCGACCUAAACGUCAUCGGACGAGACCUCUACACGCGCAUUCAGGUCGCCCAGCAAGCCAUUUUGCGCUGUUCGUGCUUCCGUUCGCCGAGGACAAAAAAUCGACCAAUCUUCCCUGUGGUCUUAAACGACAUGGAUCCAGGGUUGGACAAACGCUACACGUUGGUGCGCAGCGAGCUGUUCCACUUCAUGACGAACGGCAUGGGCUUCAAACCGAGUUUCGACACUGAAGCUGGUCAAACCCGCAACUUGGACUCCAUCGAAGGACUAGAAGACAACCAACUGAACCUCUCUGGUACCCGUGUUCGUAUGUAA